UUCGAAACGUGCAACGUAAACCAGGUCGAGGAGCUAUGCGCGCGCGUGCAUCUGCUGUACGUGGACGCGGGCGGCGCCCUGCGCGACUGCAGCGAGCUGCCCGCCGCGUGCGGCGACGCGCCCGAGCUGGAGGAGUACAAGCGCGAGGCGCGCGAGCGGGGCGCGCGGCGCCGGGGCGCGGGGGGCGCGGGCGGGGGCGCGGGCGCGGGCGACGGCGACGAGUGCGCCGUGGUGGCGGCGCGCGCGGGCGCGGGGGCCGGCGGCGUGACGCGCGCGCUCGUGGCGCUGCGCGGGCGGCUGGCGGCGGCGCGCGUGGCGUGGCGCGCCGCCAGCGCGUCGGACACGCCGCGCGGCGGGCGCCUGGGCGCGCUGCAGGACGACGCGCCGCCGCCCGAGCCGGCGGGCGGGCGCGAGGCGUGCGCGCGCAUGGCGGCGGGGCGCUGCGCGGUGGGCGCGGCGGCGCUGGGCGCGCGCCUGCUGGUGUGCGGCGGGUACGACCGCGCGCGCGCGCUGCGCUCGGCCGAGGCGUACGCGCCGGCGCAGAACCGCUGGGAGGCGCUGCCCGACAUGCGGCGGGCGCGCGCGCGCUGCCCGGCGGCGCGCCUGCACGGCAAGCUGUACCUGCUGGGCGGCUCGGACGGCUACGCCGACCUCGACUCCGUGGACGUAUUCGACCCGGAGGCGGAGGGCGGGCGCGGCGCGUGGAGCGCGGCGGCGCCGCUGCCGGUGGCGCGGCAGCACGCGGCGGCGGCGGCGGACGAGGCGCGCGGGCUGCUGUACGUGGCGGGCGGCGCGGCGGGCGGGCGGCCGCUGCGCGCCACGCACCGCUACGCGCCCGCCGCCGGCGCGUGGAGCGACGCGCCGCCGCUGCGCGCCGCGCGCUCGCAGGCCGCCGCCGCCGUGUGGCGCGACGCGCUGUGGCUGCUGGGCGGCUGCGACGAGUGGCGCUGCCUGGCCGCCACCGAGACGCUGCCGCUGGGCGAGCCGGCCGCGUGGGCGCCGGGCCCGCCGCUGCCCACGGCGCGCCGCUCGGUGGGCGCGGCCGUACUUCUAGAAGUACUGAAGCACUUCUAA